CGACUCGUAUGAUAUUAUGUGAUCAAAAAUGAAAGACUUCGAUAUAAUAGUGGAAAAUGAUUUCAUCCCAGGAGUGAAAAUAGCGGAAACAUCAGAAAAUGAUUUUAAUAACGAAUAUAAGUGUAACGACGAUGAAGAAAAUGAAGACGAAACUAAGCCAUUGAAAUGUGAUAUUAGUAAUUUAGAUGAAUCUAAAGAAAGAAAAUUAGAUAUAAGCAAAGAUAAGCCGUCUAAAUUUAUGAAUAGUCAAACUAGUGCUAUUGAUAAUAAGGCUUCAAAUUAUGUGAAUUGUGAAAAUAAAAGAGAAAAUGAUGGUACAAUCAGCGACAAUUCACAUAAGAAAGGCAAUGAAUUGAGUGAAAAUUAUUCUAUCACGGAAACCUAUGGAUCAAGGAUACCCCCAAAUUGGAAGCAGUUUAUAUCAGCUUCCGGACCGAUCGCCUUGUAUUUCUCAACCGGCAUAUCAUCAGGCUUUUCAGCUACACUGAUACCUCAUUUAAGAGAAGAACAUAGUGCGAUUCUUCAGAAUGAAAGCUCUAUCUCUUGGAUAGCAUCCAUCGCCGUUUUACCAUUGGCUCCGUGUUGUUUUAUCGGAGGUUUGUUAAUAGAAAAGUUUGGAAGACGAAGAACACUCGGUACAUUAGGAAUACCUUUCUUCAUUGGUUGGAUCGUCGUUAUAUUAUCAAGCAGUUUGGCCGAAAUGCUCAUUGGAAGAUUUAUUAAUGGGUGUUCCAUAGGCAUUAUGAUGCCCUCUAUGUCAGUUUUUAUAAGUGAAUCGACGAGUCCUAAAUUGAGAGGCAUGUUAUUGUCACUUCUCCCUUUUUCUUUUGCUCUUGGUAUUUUUAUUUCGCAUUUAAUCGGAACAUGGGUAUCAUGGCAAUGGACAGCAAUAAUAAGCGCGAUCUUUCCAUUAACUUCAGUUUUCAUAUUAUUGUUCGUACCAGAAAGUCCUAAAUACCACGUUCUCACUGAU